AUGAGAUCAUUGAGGCCAUGGUUGAUAAGAAAACAGUCGGGGUAUGGAGGAUCUGGGACACUGUACAAAAUUAAGUUGAGGAACAGGGAAGUUGUAGCUGUAAAGAAGCUCCGGAGUGGGAAAGCUAAAGAUUCUGUUUCUGAUGAUGAAUUGUUCCUAGACAAGGGACUGAAAACUGAGGUUGAGACUCUAGGAAGUAUAAGGCACAAGAACAUUGUGAAAUUAUAUAAAUAUCAGCCUAAUGUUUCUUUCAUCGUGCAUGUGAUAGAAUAUGCGUAUUCUUCUAAGGCAACAACCAAGUGUGAUGUCUACAGCUUUGGUGUCAUACUCAUGGAAUUAAUAACCGGGAAGAAGCCUGUGGAGGCGGAGUUUGGAGAGAACAAGAAUAUCAUAUAUGGGGUUUCAACCAAAGUGAAGACGAAAGAAGGAGCUAAGGAGGCCUUAGACAAGCAAGCGUCAAGGUUGUUCAAGGAUGAGAUGAUCAAGGUACUCAGGAUUGCCAUCCGUUGCACAUGUGGCACCACAGCCCUUCGCCCAACCAUGAGUGAAGUUGUUCAGUUGUUGAUUGAGGCAGAUCCCUGCAAAUUUGAUUUGUGA